GAGUUGCCUUGUCCGCUGCCCUGCUUAAGAAGUGUUAAGCAAAAUACCAAAAUCAGAGUCUAAGCAGAAAUUGCCACAGAAAACUGCAAGCAAAGCAGAAAGCAGCAGCAGCCGCACACACCAAGUAAUAAGCAAAAUUGAAAACGCAAUUAAAUGUUUAAUGCUCGUCGUCAUCGUGUCCCAAAGAGUGUGUGUGAAACUUUUUUAAUAACUUAUUAAAUUAUGCAACACUGCGUCUUACAAAAUCAUACGCACUUUUCCAACAAUAACAACUGCAUCAACUAAAAUAAAACGUCAACGCGCGUCUCUUAAAUAAUCGACAACAUCAGCCAACAGCCGACCAGUCAACAGUAAGCUGCUGCGGCCAAACAAAACAAAUUAUUUAAACAAAAUUGUUGCUGUUGUUGUUUUGAUUAUCAAAUCAUCGAAGCAACGAAGCAGCAGCCACCCAGCCAGCCACGCAUUUGUUGUCAUCUCGUGUAUCGGCGUGUGUCCGUGUGCCGCGUGAGUGUGUGUUUGUGUGCUUAUUGUGACCGUGUCUGCGAAUGUGUCACAUUUUUCUACAGCAAGAUAAAACAAGAAAUACAAAGUCGGAGUGAAGAGAAUUGUUGUCUUUGGUUCUGUUCUAUUCUGUCCGCGCAAAUUACCAAAUACCGCGCAUCGAAUGCUCUUUUCUGUUUUAUGUUUUACCGGCAUUUCAGUGACGUCACGCCGUGCUCUACAAUAAUAACAACUAGAAGAACAACACCAACAACAAGAGCGAAUUAAUGCAGCAGACGCCGCCUACGCCUACGUUAAAGCCAUAAAGUCAAUUCGCUCGCGUCGCAGUCGCACUCACAGUCGCAGUCGCAGUAACAGUCGUCGUCAUCGCCAGCGUCGUCAGCGUCAGCGCCAUCGCCGGCGUCAACAUCGCAACAACGCCAGCUUUUUCGUCUUCGGCUCAGCUGCUGAGCGAGCGCGUGUUUUUUUUUCUUCUGAUAUUUUGUGCUUGAAAACAAAUUCGAAAAUACAUUUUUAUUCACAAUAGAAAAAGAAAAGAAACCCACAACAAUUUUAACUACAACAACAGCAACAUCGAAGCGUUACUGAGCUGUUUUGUGUCUCACAAUCAGCUAUAAUUCGUGUCCGUGUCCGUGUGCGUGUGUGUGUUAGUACGUUGCGCGUGUUUUUGUGCUUAACACUUAGCAGCCGAAUCAACAACAAGAGCUAAACGCAAUAGCAGCUUCAGAUACAAGAACCGCAUCAACUACAAGAACAACGCCAGGCGCCUCAUCAGCUGUGGAGCACAAGAUAAUGUAAAAUCAGCGUAUGCUCAAUGAAUUAAAAAAGAAAACAAAAUUUUCUAAACAAAAACACAUACAAGAAAAGAAAAAAACAACUCAUUAAGCUUUUCCAAAUACAGAGCCAAGCCUCUCAACAGCUAUCUAUGAACGUUGAAAUCAAAAUUAAACUCGAGAACUAAAGCUAAAUAAAUUAAAGUAAAGCGGAACUAUACGAACGGCUUCAAUACCCAGCAGCUAUCCCCAGCUUUGUUCUUUAAGUGUAAACGCUAUAAGCACACAAACAAAAGAAACUCUCAUACAAACGCUACCAUAUAUCUAUAGAUAUACGUAUUUCUAUUUAUAUGCUAUAUACAUAUAUAUAUACCUAAUUAUAUAGGGUGCCGAAAUUUGCUGCUAAAGCGUAAAAAGUUUAAUUUUUGGUGUGAGCAAGAAUUCCAGCUAAGAGCCUCAAAGUAGACAACGCGUCGGAGCUCGUCAUAACGCAAAACUGUAACGCGCGUCACGUAUACGUAACACUUUCUAGUCGCCAGCUAAGUUACGCCCCCAUCCACAAAAAUAUUUAUAUACACACACACACAGACACACACAAGACACACGUAUACUCUGUAUAUCCAAAGCCGCUCUCUGUACUCUGGUAACUGUGUGGAGACUGCAAAGAUGGCCAGCGUUGUUAACAUGAAUAGCCUGUUGAAUGGCAAGGACUCGCGCUGGCUGCAAUUGGAGGUCUGUCGUGAAUUCCAGCGAAACAAAUGCUCCCGUCAGGAUACCGAAUGCAAAUUUGCACAUCCGCCGGCCAAUGUGGAGGUGCAGAACGGCAAGGUCACCGCUUGCUACGACAGCAUUAAGGGACGUUGUAAUCGUGAUAAACCGCCGUGCAAAUAUUUUCAUCCACCACAGCAUCUGAAGGAUCAAUUAUUGAUAAAUGGUCGUAAUCAUUUGGCUCUGAAGAACGCACUAAUGCAACAGAUGGGCAUCACGCCCGGCCAGCCGGUUAUAUCGGGACAAGUGCCAGCAGUGGCCACAAAUCCCUAUUUGACCGGCAUACCAGCCAGCACAUACAGUCCAUAUUAUGCGCCCGGACAUUUAGUGCCUGCUUUACUGGGUCCCGAUCCAACAGCCGUCGCCUCACAACUGGGACCGGUGGUGCCGCAAGCGGUGCAGGUGGCACAACAGAAAAUACCACGCUCCGACAGAUUAGAGACAUCACCUGUUACGGCUGCUACACUGACACAACAACAACAACAACAACACCACCACCACCACCAACAACAACAACAGCAUCAGCAACAACACCUUGCCAACAACACCAUCCCAACGGCUGGCGGCGUUGCUGCCGCUGGCACAGCAACAACAACAACAACACCCACAAGCAACGCUGCCGCUGCUGCUGCUGCCGCCGCCGCCGCUGCUGCUGUCAUGGGCCAUGCACUGGAAGUGGGCAAGAAGCGUGCAGCGGACACUACUGAUAUGUUUCCACUGAUGGAUGUUAAAACCGCUGGUUCAUUUUACUAUGAUAAUUUCCAAUUCUCUGGCAUGGUGCCGUUCAAACGUCCAGCUGCCGAAAAGUCUGGCAUUCCAGUGUAUCAACCCGGUGCGACAACCUAUCAACAACUAAUGCAGCCCUACGUGCCAGUCUCAUCAAACAAUAAAAUACCCUUAAACGCUUCCUGUGUUAUCUACACCGAUGCAAGUGGACAGUUACUGGACACCCUCCCGGUGUGCCAAGAUUUUAAUAGAUCUAUGUGCAGUCGGUUAAAUUGUAGAUUCGUUCAUUUAACUGAAGAUGACAAAGUCGAGGUAAUUGAUCAACGUGUUGCUGUCUGUCGCGAUCAUGCCAACAGCCAAUGUCGUCGCAAACAAUGUAAAUACUACCACAUACCGAUUGUCUUGCCACCGGCUAAUAUCAUGGCCGCCAUGAUUACCAAUCCUAAUGAGCAGCAGACAGCGGCGGCGGCCAAUGCCACAGCUAUUGUUGCUCCCACAACAGCAGCAGCGGCAGCAACUGGCGGCUACAACAGCAACUUGAUCAUCAUUGAGCCGCAUCAUCAGCAGCAACACCACCAGCAGCAGCAGCAGCAGCAAUUCAGUUACCACACUAACAACAAUAAUUAUUACCACAUCAACAACAACAAUAGCAACAUUGGCAAUGCAAACAAACCAGCUGCACAUACCAGCAACAUCUAUCAGCAGCAACAGCAACAGCAACAACACCCACACAUGCCCCCCAUGGCCGCCACCUACCACAGCGCCUCGCCCUACUCGCCGUCAUCGGCCUCCUCGUCAUCGUCCUGCUCGAUAGCAACCUCCCCUACCCUCUCGUCGGCCACAACUCUGUCAACCACAUCGACAGCAACCAUGCCCACACCCCAGCAGCAAUAUGCAACAGCCCCGGCAGCAUUUCUGAAGGCAGCACCAACUCCUUUAGCUAUGGGGCCGGGUAACGCGACAACCUAUUAUGAUGCCGCACCAACCCUGGUCUUAAGCAGCGAUUACAAUUCGAAUUGUAUACCGAUUUUGGCGGCAACCCAGGCUCAGGCGCAAUUCAUUUCGUUGUCGGCACCCCAGCAACAUUUGCUGAAAUACACGCCGGCGCAACAACAUCAGCAGCACGCCUACAUAGGACAUCAGCCACAAAUGCAGCAGCAACACCAUCACCAUCACUAUCAGGCACCGGUGGGCACUGUGGUGGCCACCACGGUGGCUGCGAUGCCCGCCACAACACUCACUGUGACACCAGCCACGGGGGGGUCGCCGUCGAACUGCAUCUAAGAACGACAGGGGGGCGUACUUUUCUUAAACACGUACUGAUAUCGAAAAGAAACUUUUCGAAUGGGUUAUGCUGGAACUCUGAUAGUAUGAGCCAGUAUUGUACUUGUAGUCAUUGUAGCGGGCCUAAACAUAAGUUUCAAAACUUGAAAUCAUAGUGUUAAUUCGAAUUUUUCACGUUCUAGUUUUGAUAAUCUGAAAUUGGACGAUAUAUGUUUUUGUCUAAUUCCCCACACAGACACUAUUUGGCAUUCUAUAGUAAUUGCUUUGAUGGUCUUCAACUUACAUACAAGUAUUCACACUUAGCACACUUACAAGUAUUCACCUCUCUACACGCAAACACACAGACCCACGGAGACACAGCCCUAAACGUGCAAGUUGGCGACUGUAAGGCCCUUCUCAAAAUCCGAAGAGCAUUUGGACUCACACUGUUAGACUCGAGCAGGCAAUCUACAUACAACUCUAAUAUGAAUAUGAAUAUUGAUGAAAACAAAAUGUUGAUACGAACUAUUUACAACAAACAAAUAUUAUGACAACUCUACAAACAUUUUUCGUACGUACGUAUAGCAAGACUUCAACUUAAGCGUGUUGUAAGCAUAAAAAAGAAAACUACUUAAUUGACAUACUCGUCGUACAUAAAUGGCAUACAAUACACAAAAGUGAAAAUAUUGAGUGACCGCUCUACAAUAUUAGCAAACAAAUAAGUUUGAAUUAAAAGAAAGGGUGUUUAGUGUUGUUAAAUAAAUAAAUGUAAGAAAACAAAACUAAAUUAGCAAUUUAAAAUUGAACUCGAUAAAUGGGAGAGCGCAGUUGCAAAAAUUAAAAUUAGUUUCAAACUAUUUUAAAAUCUAGAGUUCCAUAUUUCAAUGAAAACAAAAACAAAAAUAAAAAAGAAGCAUUAGUAUUUAAAGUGUUAAUAUUACAAAUAGCAUUCAACAAAAUUGUAACUUUUAGACGCGGCCGGCACAAACAAAAGGAAAACAGUCGAAAUUAAUCAAAACAACAUUUGUAGUCCACCAGGAACAGAUAAGCCUAAGCUGCUAAAACCAUAAAAAGGUAUGUUUAAACGCGAAGAAGAAGAAGAAAAACAAAAAUACAGUCACGUCCUAUUUUUGCAACAACGAUUUAAAGCCAGUGCAUAAAAUGGAUGAAAACAACUAAAAUGAAAAUACGAUAAAUAUUUGAUGAGAACAUUUUUAAAGCCGUAUUCCUUUUUUUACAUUUUAUAAACAAGAUAGUAAAUCAGCAAAUACAACAAAGCAAUUCAAAUAGGAUGAACAUAUUUUUUUAUAUACCAUAUAACACAAUACCGAUAGCAAAAAAAAAACAAAAAAAAAAUUCAAAAGAAGAAAGGAAAAACAUCAAAAAAUACACUAAAAUGUAAUCAAAUCUUAGCUGUAAGCAUUUUUGCGACAACAGCUACAGCUAGCCAUACAAAAAACAACAGCAACACUUUUUUUUAACGGUGUAUUAUUAAUUUAGCUGAAAUCUCUAGCGAAUUAAAAACGACUUCAUAAUUCACAUACAACACACACAUAUUGACUACUAAAGCCACAAUAAAAACUAAAUUAAAAGAUUUAAUAUAAAAACAAGUACUGUAUCUUCCUAUGCAAAAAACAAAAAACGAAAAUACUUAAAAAGAAAAGAAAAAAAACUAAAAAUAGUAAUAAUAAUUCGUAAGCAAAACAAAAACAAAAUAUCUUAGAUCUUUCCUACUUUCAGACUUGAGUUGCAGUUAGCGCUGUUGUAAGUAAAUUUAAUUUAUUCGUAAAGAUACAACAAAAGAAACAAAAUAACGACGAUUAUAUACAUAUAUACAUAUGAAGAAGGAAACUACUUAAUAUAUGCAUAUAUUUAUGUAUAUAGAAUCGCAAGGAAAACAAACAAACAAAAUAUAUAUACAUACAUACUUAUAUAUUUAUUAACGGCAACUAAAACAUGAAAUGUGAUCUUUUAAAGAAACAAAAAUAAUAAGGAAGCAAAUAAAACAUCAAUACUUAAAUUAACGAGCAACGUAAUUUACACAAUUUGUAAAAAUUGGAUAAAGGUAAAACAUUUUUUAACACCCGAACACACACAUGAAUACGAGUAUGCGUAGUGGUAAUCAAUAUUAGAGCAUUACGAACUAUUUUCAUAUUCGACACACACACACGCAAACACACACACACUCACAUACAAUACUUACAAUACAGAGAUUGGUUACAACAUGAAAUCAAUUUACAAUUAUAGUAACAAGAACAUACAUAAUUAAGUUAAAGAAUAAUCGACUUAGCUAAACUCGUUGACAAAUACAUGUAUGUAUGAAGCGCAUUCGAUGUGUGCUUUCAAUAAACGGGUACAUAUACAUUUAAGGGCUGGUUAUAAUAUACGGAAAUUUGUUCCUUAAUUUUGACAUGCAUAUCUUAGGUAACAUCGAUUCGUCUCGAUUCCCCUCCUAGUAACAUGUUCUUCUCAUCAACAUACAUCAUACAUACCCGUACAUAGUAUACCUAGUGUCCCAUAUUCACGUCUACAAUGCAUAAAUACUCCAAAUAUUCGAGAUAUUCGAUAUGUUCGAGAACUUUAAGCUAAGCUCGUUGCUUUCCAAGCCAAGUCUCUAUCCAGCCUACUAAACUUUAUCUAGAGCCUAACUCUUAAAAAAAUACCAAACAAAACAAAAUCCAACUACAAUGCCUAAUAAGUUUCCGUCCAUUAUAAGCAGACCUUAAAUCUAUAUGCAUGACGCUUGCAACAACAACAGCAAGUGCAACGACUAAGCCAAGUUGCAUACUACGAACAACUAAAAAGUUAUAAAUAAAACUAAAUUAAUGAGCAUCUACCCAACUACAUACACACAAACACACACACACACACUGACACACAGACACACCUUAACAAAUAUUUGAAAGAUAAAACAUUUAGCCAACACACACUAAUCUCCACACAUCUUAGCAGUUAAACAAUAACUUUUACGUACGUAUGUAUAACAACAAAUUGAUAAUAAAUAAUGUGCAGCAAGAGGGAAGGACAACAACAACAACAACAACAAAAACAGAAGAAAAAUUAAAUUGUUCUACACAUAUAGUAAAUAGCGAGUAAGUCGGCGAAGGAUAGCAUUAAAAAUAGUGUCAUUGUAUGUAUAAAUACAUAAGUGAGUGUUUAUGCAGCGUCUUUUGUUUAACUUACAAAGGAAGUGCGAUCAACAACAACUGUAAAUGUUGUCGAUUUGUAACUCUGGCAUGCCUUGCAUGCGGAAUUACGUUGUGGGUGUAAACUAGAAACGAAACUUUUGUUUGCCUUAAAGUUCUAUUAAGUAACAACAAUUCAAAAAUGAAACAACUAUGUACUUUAUAUUGAAACAUCUGAAGAGUAAACACUACUCGUACUACAUACUCGUGCAUACAUACAUAGUUUUUCAUUUGAUUAAUCAUGCAUACACGUAUAUAGUACGAUACAGCGAUUACUUGAUGGGUGCGGUUGCAAGAAGCUCCGAGGAAAUCGUGAAAAUGAAUAUUUAAAUGUAAUUAAUUAUGUGUGUGUAGUCAUUUUUUCAAUAUACGAACGAGUACAUACGUACAUACCUACAUAAGUAAUAGUUUUAUUGUUAAUUUUAGUUCAUACUCUUAC